CUGCCCACAAAUCUAUCACUAAGAGUUUCGGCCCAGGCCAGACAUAUUCGACUGUGCUCAGCAGUGGAUUGACCCCGCCAGGGAAACCAGUCGGCUAUACCAUGUUCAUGGGCCACUGUAAACAACAGCCAACAUACCAAGCUAGCAACUUUCCUAGGGGGCGUUAUGACUACCCGUAGGUCGUGAACUCAAGGGAUGACCCUGAUAUACUGCUACUCUAGUGACUGGCUGUCGUUUCGAGAUAGUACUGAUUAUCUCAGCGAUUUUUCGGAUUAGAACCAACGUGUUCGCUGUCUUAGGAACUAGAUUCUGAGCAAAAAUCCUCGCGCAGUCGGAAAGUGGGGAAGAAAGAAAGAAGAGAAACGCGACCAUGUUGCGCCAUUCCAUAUUUUCACUCUCAAGUUUACUGGCAUAUGCCACCUUAAGCUUGGGACGCAUGAAGACUUUCAAUGUUCAUGAUGACGUAUUGGCGUUCCCGCAGUUUGAAGUUCAUUUCCCUCCCGAAUAUAUCCUCGCUUCAGAUGUGCACGAGGCAUUAGCACACCAACGAUCAUCCUCAAAACAAAGUUCUGCGACCUCCUUGUUAUCACCUCCGUCGUCACCUCCCCUCGAUUCCAUAGUGCACCUAGAGAGAUCGCGGCAACAGGCUCCAUUGCAAGAUGAGAAAGAAGAAGCUGAAAAAGAGGAGCACACUCCUCCCGAUGACGGGGUGGAGAGAUAUGAAGAAAUGAUUCUCGAAGGUGCCCGAUACCUUUGCUCUGUGCCCAAAGUGGCAGCGAAAAAUGAAAUAGAAGAUGCGGCUACAACCCCGGCUGAGCAAGAGAAAGAACUUGCGCGAGCUGCUGAUCGCGGAUUGGAAUUACUUAGUGAUAUGAAAGGGAGAUGUAUGUACUACGUUGCGGGAUGGUGGUCUUAUUCCUUCUGUUAUAUGGACCAGAUCAGGCAGUUUCAUGCUCUGGCGCCGGGGAAUGGGGUCCCGGCUUACCCGCCUGUUGAAGACCCUGCCGCGCAAUCUUAUGUCUUAGGAAGAUUUCGUGGUGAGAAGCAGGGCAAUAAGAAUGGAAAGGGCAGUAGAAAUAGCCAGUCGUCGUCUGGCGGUGAUCGAACAUCCUCUACAACGGAGGUGGCAGAGCUACAGGCCAAUGGUGACUCCCGUUACCUUGUGCAACGUCUGGAGGACGGAACCUUAUGCGACAUAACAGGCAAGAAUCGAAAGAUUGAAGUCCAGUUUCACUGCCACCCGCAAUCGACGGAUCGCAUUGGGUGGAUCAAGGAGGUGUCGACAUGCACCUACCUGAUGAUCAUUUAUACCCCACGAUUGUGUAACGAUGUUGCGUUCCAACCUCCAAGGGAGGAUGAUCCAAACCCCAUCGUAUGCCGGGAGAUUAUUGAACCGGAUGCUGUUCCGGAAUUCGAGGAGACAAAGGCUCUCCAUAAGAAAGCACAAGAUAUCUUGAAUCUGGGUAAGACUGACGGGGAGGAUUUCGCGGUCAUUGGGGGUAUCGAAGUUGGUGCGAUGAAGCUUGUUGGAGGGAGCGGGAAGCGGAUUGAGAAAGGUAAGGUAGCAUCGGCUGGAGAGGAGAGAAUUGAGGUUGUCGCCAGGCGCCUGGCUGGGGAAAUACAUAAAAUGUCGAAGGAAGAGUUGGAGAAAUUCAACCUUGACGCGGGUAAGAUUGAGGAGGUGAAGAAGCAUCUAGAGAACAUUGCGGGUGGGAAAGAUUGGAAAUUGGAAAUUGUUGAAUCGAAUGGGAGAUCCACACUUCGUGGUAUUCUCGUUACUGAGGUUGACGAAGAUGAAGAUGAGGAGACAGUGGGAGAUUAUGGCAGAGAUAGCAACAACCAAGACGGCAGGAAAGAAGAGAGGGGUAAUGAGUAUGAGGAGACGGGCAGCGACGAGACUUACAAGGAGGAACUAUGACCAUCGCUUUCUUGGAUCGCAUCUAUAUCCAGCCAUGUCACGUGGUGAUUUGUAUUUUCAAGGCUAUAUAUUUGGAACCCCAGCCUCAAUAUGGAGGACACUAUAUAUGGAGUAGAGAUAUGCCUUGGACUGCUUUCAGCG